CUGGCAGCCCCGGUCAGUGGACGUUCGAGAUGGUGUACGGUUACCAUGGCAACUACAUGCCGACGACUACCGACGCGGAAGUUGUGAACAUGCCUGCCAAGAAGAAACGAGGCAAGGUCAGCAAAGCCGAGAAGGACAAGUUGAAGAAAGCAGAAGAAGAGCAGAGACGCAAGGAGGAGGAGGAAGCUCGUCUGAUUGCUGAGCAAGAAGAGCAGGAGAGGUUGGAGAGAGAAGAGAAGGAAAGGGAAAAACAACUGAGGCUCGAAUUAAAGGAUAGAGAGCGCAGAGGGGAUGAGCUGAAUGAACUGCGCUUCACACUGGAGGAAAACCAGAAAAAAGUGCAUGUGUGGGAAACUACAGCCAGAGAGAAAGCUAAAUGGAAACGGUACAUGAUUUGUGAUGGCAGUCCAAACCCGGCUGUUCAACCCGAGAUCAAUACCUUCAUCACUCUGUGGAAGGAGGACCCAGACGUGGACAUCCAGACCAUCCUAAAACAAUGUGUUUUGGCCUUGCGACUAACUGAUGAACUGGAGCUUGUUUUGAGUGAGGAAACUGAACCCGGGAUUAUUAAGGAUCGUAAAAACACACUUCAGUCCCUGACGAGUCUCAUCCAUACCAAACACCAGGCGGCCGCUGAGGAGAUCCUAAAGUCAGCUAAAGCUUGCUCAGACAUCGAGACCGGGAACAUGCAGAAGAUCGUGCAUGAUGAUAACGUCACUCUGUGCUUAUGGGCUAACAUAAAAAAAAAUCCCCGGUUUAAAGGGUACCAUUUCGAGGAGGUGGGGCUAAGCUUUGAGCUUCCUAAACCACUGGCUAUGUGUGACAUCUGCGUACGGAUCUUUCACACCCGCUACGAUCACCUGAGCAACCUGAGCCUCUGGAUACAAGCAGAGAAUAAAAGUCUUGAAACCGAAGAAGAAGAAGAAAAAGAAGAAGAAGGAAGAGGAGAAGGUAAAGAAGAUGCUGAGAUGCUCAGUGAGACACCUAAAGAGCCAGAGGAUGGAGAGACGAAGGGGGAAGACGAGGUGAGAGAAAGCGUGCAAGAAAAGGACGAUCUGCAGUCACUUAAAUCAGAAGGGAAGAAGAGUAGCGUUAGUGUGCGCUCAGCUAAAGAGGGGAGGAAAAGUUCAGUAAAGCCACAGGAGGAGGUAGAGGAUCAUCCGGACAGCAUCAUGGAAGAAGGGACCACCACUGGAGAAGCAGAAGACGAGGCUGAACCUGAACCCACUGUCACACAGCCAGUGACCAUCAGCCCCAAGGUGUACAUCGUGGAUCUGUAUCGGUACACGCCACUGGGCGGAGUCUACUACUUUGACCUUUUCAAGCUACCACCCCAGACGCUCACCAUUAAAGGCUGGGAGACGACAGAGAUACUGAAGACCCGUCUCCAAGUCUUCCCUUAUCCCUCAGACCAGCAUAACAACUCUGUGUCAGGGACGCUGGAGGAAAACACGACACACACAUACCCACCUGUAGGGGUCACUGUGGUUCUGCCCGAGUCUGUGAUCUUCAUGCAGGAGCCACAGGUGGCACGAUGGGACCCAAUAGGUCAGCACUGGAGGACGGACCGCAUCACCGAGACGUCAUACAACAGCGAGACCCGCAGCAUCUCCAUUAAGAUGGACUCUUUCUACACCUUCACUCUGCUCCAGGAGACGCACAUCAACAUGCCGUUUCAGCACUGGGAGCUUCGACCUCAGGGUCAGGACUCAGUCACCCUCACCAUCAUGACAGCGUUCACCAAAGUCAGCAUCGACGUCAAGGGGAAUCAGUGUAUGCUACAGAUGGAACAGGCUCCUGGACUAGACCAUAUCCUGGGUAAAUGGAUGAGUCUCGCUGCUCUACAGUCAGCUAUGAGACGCGCGGGUGUUAACGUGUUCGUUAACGAGUAUUCGGAGAAGUACGUCACAGUCAGUGCCAAGGACCCGCUGAUAGAGCACGCCGUGUACGAGCAGAUGGCUUUGGUGUCCUCAGCUUUCGCUUUCUCUCGGAGUCAGUGGAACGCUCAGUGCGGACAGGAACAUCUCGUCCUCCAGGCAUGCGAGCACCUGGAGGCGGGGCCUGUACCACAGGAGGCAUGGUCUCUGUACUUGCUCGGCGCUCAGCGGAGUCAGCGUUUAAAGAUGACCGAAAUGAGUGACGGGUUCUCCUCAGAGCUGGCCGAGGACUCAGAGUUCCACUCAACGUUUCUGCACAUGCUCAGAGACGUCAUCAGCCCGUUGGGGCGAGACAGAUCAGACCACACCCGCUACCUUUUUGUUGAUACGGUGCAGAGAUUGCUGUGUUCUACACGCUUGCUCACAUUCUCCUGAGCUCUUAUCUCACCAAAUUAAUCAUGAUUAUAUAUCUUCAUGUAUCAUCACAUACCUGUACAGGAAAGGAAAAAAAAAACCCUAUCUAUUUUAUAUUCGUUGCUUGAUUUGUAUGUUUAUGCCCAAUAACUAUGUUAACGUCAACUACAGAUCCCCUGAUGGAAAAAAAACAAAUAAUGAAUGAAUUGUGUCCAUCACUUUUUUUUUAUGAAGGGUGCCAAUAAUUUUUUUUCCUUUAUCAGCACAGACCGAUACAGUAUAUUAGUACGAUGUUUAAUCUUGGGUUUCCUUUCAUCGAAUAAGAAAACAUGAAAGUGGUUAAGAAAGUAAUUACCACUACUCGAGAUGUGUGACGGAAAAUAUUUCUCCUUCACUGGUCUUAAGAGUGUACAAACCUUUGUCCUCAAGCUCACAUGCUUUUACUUUAAAUAUACAAAUAAAAAAAAAGAUAAAUAAUGGGUAUAAUAGAUUUACACCCCUGGAUUUUUUUAUGUAAAAAAUUAAUUAAUAAAAUCAUGUUUUUCCAA